UGAAUAUAUAUAAGCAAGACAGCAAAUGCUUGAUUUCAAUACAGAAAAAUGAGUCAUGGAGAGGUUCAUUCACAAGGAAAUAUACCUUUUUCUUGGGAGGACAAGCCAGGGGUCUCCACCAAGUCAUCCAAGGUCGCCCAUUAUGAUCAGUACUGCCCUAUUGAUGUAGGUUUGUAUGUCCUUAACCAAACACCUCCUCUUACCGAUGCCGGAGGCUCGUCGACCAAGAUUUUGGUUCAUGACAAGAAAGUUCCUCCUCCGCCUCCAUGCUCGAUACAGCUGCCUCCAAAGAGGAGCACUUCCGUUAAAGGCUUAAGAUGGUGGCAACAGGACCCUUUUCUUGCGGCUUACGAAGAGUGCACCAAAAGUGGAGGAAAUGGCAAGUUGUCAAGUGAAGGUAGGAAAAAUGGUGGCUCCAAAUUACUAGUAAGGAAGAAGAAGAUUACUUUUUCAUGCAAGAAUUCUUCUGAUGCUAGAGAUGAUAAUGUGGUGAGGUUAUGUAAUCUCCCACCUCUUCCUAAAGAUAGAAUUCGCGGCAGACAGGAUUUUGUUUAAACACUAGAAUAUUGGUGAAAUCCUCAAUUUGAAUAAGACCUCUUUUUUAAAAGUCUAAAUAUCUUCUUCUGCUAUGCUUGCCAUGAAGAUGUGGAAAAAUACUGUUGAAUAUUGUUUCUUUUCUGAUCAGAAUGUACUUUAGGUUCUUGGCUAUGGCUGCUUAAGAAAAUGUCAAUGAGCAACUUAGACAUGAGUGAAUUUGUGUUGGCCUGUAUCAAGCUUUACUGUCAACAAAUUCUUUAUUAGUGCAUACUAAGGCUGCUGCAAUAUUGCCAAUAAAAUCUGUUG